AUGUCUCAAGAUUCUAGCAAGAAGAAUAUUGUCAUCCUGGGCGGUUCCUAUGGGGGCGUGUCCACGGCACACUACCUUCUCAAACAUGUCGUCCCUCAGCUAGCCAACAAAGAGAGCUAUCAGAUCGUCCUCGUCAGCACCUCCUCACAGGCCAUAUGUCGCCCGGCCUGUCCUCGCGCAUUGAUCUCAGAUGACAUGUUUCCCCAAGAGAAGCUCUUCGUCAACGUACCGCAAAAGUUCGAGCAGUACCCGGACGGUAGCUUCCGUUUCAUCCAGGGCACUGCGACGGAACUCAACCACCAGGAGCGCUACGUCACUGCGACCCUCAAAGAUAGCAGUACUGAGAAGCUUGAAUACCAUGCGCUUGUCAUCGCCACUGGCGCAUCCACUCUGUCGCCCCUACUAGGACUCAAUCACGACUCUGAGUCCCUGCGCGCAACCUGGAAUGACUUCCGCAAAGCUCUCCCCAAUGCCAAAAGCAUCGUCAUCGUGGGUGGAGGCCCAGCGGGUGUAGAGACGGCCGGCGAGCUAGGCGAAUAUCUCAACGGUCGCCCUGGUUGGUUCAGCAUCAAACUGGAUAAUCCCAAAGUCCCCAUUACCCUAGUGACAUCGGGCCCACAGAUCCUCCCGGCCUUGCGGCCCGCGAUUGCGGGCAAGGCGCAAGGAUUUCUCGCACAAGUUGGCGUGACAGUGAUUAAGGGUAUACCCGUCGUAGCUGUCUCACCACCUGGGGCUGGGACUGAGAGUGAUCUGACCUCCAAUGCGACUGUGACCUUGCAAGACGGCAGAACACUCGAAGCCGACCUUCUUAUCCCGGCUACCGGCUCUACGCCUAAUACCCGCUUUAUCCAUGGGUCCCUGUUGACCGCUGGUGGCACGGUAGAGACUAAUGUAUCUACCCUGCGUGUGGAUAAAGCCGGUCCACGUGUCUAUGCGAUUGGUGAUGUGGGAUCACAUGCGCGUCCGGCGAUACACAAUCUCACGAAUACAGUCGUCAUUAUGUGUGCGAACAUUAAGCGAGAUUUGCUCAUUGCUGAGGGGAAGGACGAAAGUUCUGUUGGUCCCGAUCGUGAGUUUAAGGAGGAUACUCGUGAGAGUCAGCUUGUGCCAAUUGGAAGAAGUAGGGGUGUUGGCGCCGCUAUGGGCUUAGCUUUACCCAGUCUCUUCGUGUGGCUGAUCAAAGGUCGAGACUAUUGGCUAUGGACCACGGGGGGGCUGUGGAGUGGCACCUCGUGGGCCAAAGAGGCGUGA